UUCGAUCUGUUAUUCAUGCACUCGAGCUAUUCAUAAUUUAACUGUCUUGUUUAUUAAACAAAUUCAUCUCGUUGAAGUAUGACUGGUUAAAAAUACAUUUUAUUUAUUGUAAGCGUUCGUCUUUUGGAACUGAGAGGCGCAUCCUAGAAUUGCUGUCUAUGUAGGCAGCUCAGUAGGAUUGAAGACAGAGCCAUUUGAGAGAGAGAGCGUCUGUGGCACAUGGGCUUUAUGAGAUCGCUCGCUCGCUCAGAAGCGUUCUAACGGGACUAAUCUAAUCCGCGUCGCACAGGCGUCAGCUCUCACCGUCAACAGCAGGCAAUCAUGACUAUAGACGCGCCCGUUAUCUUGACCGCACUUUUCUUUACAAUUAUUGCCAUUAUAGUUGCAUCGGCGUUCCUGGCGAAGAAACCUGCGCAAAAGAAAGAGCAGAAACAGAGACAGCAGGAGGAGAAAUCAGAGCGGGUUACUGAGUAUCACCAGCCCAUAGUAGAGCAACCAGCUCCAGCUCCGAAACAGGAUGUGAUUAUUGAAAAGAAAAGGGAAGAACCCGUCUCUGUCGUGGAAGCUGAAGUCAUCCCCGUGCAACAAACACCUGUGCAGGCAGAGGUAAAGGCUAAGGAGGAGAUAGCUGUUGAGUCAAAGGAAGAGCCUGCUGCAGUCGCGCCUGUAAUCGAGGAAGUUGGUGUUUUUGAGGAACAGCCUGUGGUUGAACCUGAGGUCAUCCCCCUGCAAGAAACACCUGUCCAGGCAACUCCAGAACCUGAGCCUGAGCAAGUACCCGCACCACUAGAAGAACCAGUGCCUGAACCAGUGAAGGAGUCUGUCCCAGACCCCAAACCAGUCCCCGAGGUUCCCAUCCCUGAACCAACAUCUGAACUCACCCCAGAACCAGAUUCUGUUCCAACCCCUGAACCAGUGCCUGCACCCAUCGCAGAGCCAGCGUCCGCACCAGCCCCUGAAGCAGCGCCUGUGCUCGUCCCUGAGACCUCACCAGCUGCCCAAUCUCUUGCAGAGCUCCUAGAGAAUAAAGAUGUAGCAGCUGCUUUACUGACAGAUGAGCUCGAGACCCCCGCAGUAGUGUCCAUUAACAGGAGGAUGACCAAGGAGGAGAUGGAAGAGGAGCAGAGGGUACAGCAGGAGCAGCUGGCUGCCAUCUUCAGACUGCUCCGAGAGAAUCAGGACACGUUUGGAGAGAUGACCGAGGGAGAAGUGGAGGAACAGCUCAAACUUUACUCGCUUUAGUCUGACCACACGCACACCGUUUCAUAUAGGACACCACAUGGGCUUCUCACACUGCGCUUGACCCCCAGUCAACAUCUGUAGCACUGUUUAAAUUGACUAUACUGUACCUACUGUUAUGCUUGGGGCCACACACACUCCAGCUCUUUAUAAAAGUAAUUGUUGGAUUAAGGGUUAAGCGGGAUUUAAUGCUUGUCAUUUGGAAAGAGGUUCUCGUUUAACCCUAAAAUGUAAGAGUAAAAAGCCUAGCUUGAACUCUGCAUGAUCACUGUGUAAAACUCUGAUAUACAGAUAGUUACUGUAGUGUCCUCAUGGCCCUAUCAGAUGAACCUUUUACUCAUUUUCUAGUUUUUUAGUGUGUGGAUGGGAAAUGUAAAUAGUCUGCUUUAGUGUUCUUGCACUUCUUUUGGUAUUGAUGUGGAUUAAUACUCAAUGCAUGAACUAAUUCUAAUCUACUAUAUAAAAUUCAUACUGCAUUUUCAAAAUAAUUCACUGAUUCAUUUUCUAUCUAGAUUGUUAUUACUCUUCUUGUUUGGUUCUGUUAAUUUGAAGAAAAAAAUAUAUAUAUAUUAAAAUCGGAUUUGUAUUUCCGGUUACAUUUUUUCUGUCUUUGAAACUGAAACACUACUGACAUAAACGCAGUAAAUACAACAAACUUUUUUCAUGUAGUAAAUUGUUCAUUAACGAUGUGCUAAUUUUUACAAUGUAAAAGAAGAUGUGGGAAAAUCAUUAUAUACAGAUAAAUCAUGCAGACAAAGGAUUUUUCUUUUCUUUUUUUUUAAAGAGAAGAGAAAACUGCAUUUGGUAAAAAGAAAAGUUUCACUUUCAAACGAGGCAUUGAGAACCAAAAACCCUAAGCGUUUAAAGUUAGUGGAAAAUGUUUCUAAACACGUGCACAUCAGCUACAGUUUAAAGACGGCGAAAGCAUUUGAACAUUAUUUUUGUGAUUGGCUACAUGUCAUGUUAAAAUGGCAACGCGUGUUUUCAUCUGGCGCUAGAAACUGAAGAAAAACGUAGGUUGAUUAAUUUCAAACAAUUAACUUUAUUGAAACUUUGUGUUUUAUGGGAACACGCCCCACUUCUCUCGUCACCGUGUACCGCCCAGACUGUUAGCGGAUCAUAAACGUUUGUUUCGGGAACGCGACCCUUUGUUCCCAUCAGCUGAAGACCGACUCGCCGAAACACCGCUACCUGUACAUCACCAGAGCUAAAAUGGCUGACAAACUUAAAGUUGACGAGGCUCGAAACGGUGAAGAAAACACAACUCCUGUUGACGAGGCUCAUCUACUAACAAAUGGCGAAGAGCAUACAGCUCAAGGUCAGCUUGUUACGCCAUCAGGUGUCCAAUCGUCAUACGCACCUGAUAAAACAUCAGCUCCAGAUAACGUCAUAACGGAGGCAUCAGGAUCUUUGAGUGCCAGUAACAGUGGGUCAGAGCAAUGUGACCGAGGCCUAGCAGAGCCCCGGAGUCUUGAGCACAAGUCUGAUGAAUGCAAAGUAUCCACCUUGAGAUGUGGGGAAAAGCGUCCGAGGGAAUCAGAAGACUCCUCUGAUGUUCCUGUGAAACGCCGUUUGAGAACAUCGGAAGAAGAUAGCAGGAAAGAAUCUGUCCCAGACUAUGACGCGAGAUGUGCCGAGCUGUGGAUCGAUGGUGAAACGGCUGCUUGUGAGGCUUAUGAGUCCUCAAAGUCCACCCAACGCCAGCGUGCUGUUCGACAACACGCCAAUGGUAGCGACUUUUUACGUCUCAUUCAAACUAAAUUGGCAGCUUGUUUUCUACCAAUUGCAAAGAUGGUUCGUUUGAGUAUGGAGCAGAGCAGAGCUGACUUCACUGGGGUUAUGAGUACACUUAAUGCAAUGCAAAGGGAUGCAAGAGUGUUGACUAAUGAAGUACGUAAUAUGCGAGCGGAAGGAAGACAGAUUUUAGACACAAUCUCUCUUAUGAAUGAUAAAUUGAGCGUCAUUCAAAGGAUUGCAUUGGACUUGCAAGAAGUGUUGACUACUAGAAGAUGAGGGGUCUGUUUGUUAUAACAUACUGAUUCACGUCCAAGCCUAGUUUUUUUACACAGCUUUUCCUUUUUUGAUAUACUUCAGUGAUUUUUUUAAAAUUCUUGUUUAUUGUAUCACUUUCCUGUUAUGUUAGUCAUUUUUAAAUAAACAAUUUCAAAAUGGCCACUUUA